UCUCUUCACUACAACAGGAGCAAAUCGUUGAAUGACAUCAGGUGGUUCCCGUCGGCCACGCAAGUGGUGCGCCAGGUUUCUGAGGGUGGCAUGGAGCUAAGCCCCAGCGCCGUGAGCCAGGACCAGCUGCAGAGGGGCAGAGUCCGGGUCCACGAGAGUGAGGCCAAGUGGCACAACGACCUGACCAAGUGGAAGCUCCGGCGCCACAGGUCUAACUGUGACCUGCGGAGGAAGAUGCAGGAGAGAGACAACAUCGUCCUGAUGACCAACGCAGGGGUCGUUACAGGCGGGACAUGCAGGAGCCUACGAGAGGACAGGGAAGAGGAUGAGGAGUCCCUAUACGGCAGUAGCCACAACAAGGUCUCUCCCUCCACAUCGGCCAAGGAGGGUUCCCUGGAGCUCCGACCCCACACCAGCUCCUCCGUGGAGUCUCCCUACAGCUCCGGAGCCUCGGAACCCUUCACCACCCCCAGCCUGACACUCCAGGCCCAGGGACCGUCAGCCGGAGCCGUGCCCCAAUCAGAGCCCCUCGUCCUGGGGGAGAGGCGUCGCACACCGGUGGAGCCAGACGGAGCUGGAGGUUUAGCCACUUUCCCCAACUCCGCCUCUCCCUUCUCCUCCCAGACCCAUGCCCAGACCAUCUCUAGCCCAGCUCUCGUGAUCUCCAGUGGACGAGACCAGAACAUCUCCUCGCUCUCAAACGGGAUCCCCACGACCCACUCUGGCUCAUGUCUUACUACCAGUUCUUCUCUAACUACCUCUGACCUGGUGAACGGUACCGGCUCAAACCUAACCAGCGGUACCAGCUUCCACUGCCCCUCUGCCUCCAUGGACAUCCCAGACCAAGCCCUCCUCUCUACUGUAGAGUCCCUGACCUCAGUGGUAGCCCCAGCCCCAGGUCAUGUCUCAGCUCCCCAGCAGCAGGCGCUCCCCCUCUACAGGUACAGCUCCAGGGCUCCAGGAGGAAGAGGAGGGGUUUCUGCUUCUCUCCCCAGGGGAUACCGCCGGUCUGAGGGCUCUUCGUCCUGCCUCUCUGCCGGCUUCACCCCCCGGCCGUUUGGAGCCAAGUCCUGCAGAGUGUCCUCGCUACCCAGGCUCUACAAUUUGGAGAACUCUCUACUGAAGGAAACGGUCCCUGCUCCCCACAAGACUGCUCCCUCACGCCCCCAGAAAAUGGUCACUAUCUCCGAGGUCGCUGUCAGGGUCAGCCCUGGGCCACAGCCAAUCAGAGCAGUGUGAACCAGGAAGUAAAUGAGGAGGGUGGGAGCGACCCAGCCCUCCAUCCUGAAGGCCAGAG